AUGAGUAAUCCAAACCCAAGCAUAUUGGGGUCUGAAAACUACGGCCUGGUCGACUUUCUACGUUCUUGGGCAUAUGGAAACGUUCCGCUAAUGUCCUUGAGGUUACCCCGGCCGGGCAUCCGCAGGGUCUUGAAGCAGGCUAACAGCGGAGUGGAGCGUGUACAUUACAGAGAUCUGCGCGCCAAUGGUUGUGAUCUGCAAGGGUUAGACUGGGACAGCAUGAACACGGCCCGCCACUACGCCAGAGAAAUUCGUCGUCAAACUUAUAGGAACUAUGUGAACAGGCCUGGCUCUGAUAUCUACGUAAGUUAUACAAUGGAAUCAAACGAUACAAUUCCUUCAACUGAGAAUUUCUUCCGAUUUCACAGGAUGGACGUUCGACGAGAUAUUAGUCUUGCCCAUUUCCAGCUCCGAAGCGUUCUUGCCUGUCCCACUCGGACACAAGCAUUUUACCCAAGCGUCCAUGGCAUAAACGUGAUGAAUACGGCGACGAAAAGGACCACAUUGGCCAUGGAUCUACGCGCAUUCUCUGGUAUGACGGGUCCAGCAAUCUCAACUCUCGACGCCGGCUGCGGCCUGUUGAUGAGUGGUACUUUUGGUGGCGAUUACUUCCUGCAGUCGCUGAGCUCUGAAGACAGGCGGAGCUACUCCGAGGGGCAAAUAUCUACUAACAUUAGUGGUAUCACCAACCACAUAAAGAUAUAUAAGCCGAGGAGGUCCGAUAGCCCUGCUGCCGCUAUCGCAAGCAAUGACAAUCGUUUCCGCCUCAUGGACCUUCGGACAGAAAAAUUCACCUCUACAUUUACAUAUCCAUUUGCCCUAAACUGCUCAGCCAUAUCGCCAGAUGGCCGACUAAGGGUCGUUGUAGGUGAUGACCUGAAUGUUCUGAUCACCAAUGCGGAAACGGGAGAAGUCCUACAGCAGCUGAAUGGACACCGUGAUUACGGGUUUGCCUGCGACUGGUCGGAUAAUGGCUAUACAGUUGCCACCGGAUUCCAAGAUAAGACCGUCAAGAUCUGGGACGCUCGACGUUGGCACAAUUCAAGUGGCAUAAGCUCACCGGUCCACACAAUAAGUACCGAGAUGGCCGGUGUCCGAAACCUGCGCUUUUCGCCAACGGGAUGCGGCAAGCCAAUCCUUGCUGCUGCCGAAGAGGCUGAUUAUAUUCAUCUGAUUGAUGCAAGCACUUUUAGCUCUAAGCAGACCAUUGACAUUUUUGGUGAGAUUGGCGGCGUGGCAUUUACCAACGAUGGUCAGGAUUUCAAGGUUCUCUGCUGCGACGCUCACCGUGGCGGUCUGCUGCAAUUCGAGCGAUGUAGCUACGGAGUUGAUGAGCCCGUCUCAGGAGGACGGCAGCGACCUCUCCCAGAUGAUGAAUUCUCGGCUACUUGGAACGAUUCUCAACAUCGCCGACCACCACCACUCAUGGAUGGUCCAAGUAUAUUUUAA